AUGGAGGCUGGUCUACAUGUCGGCGUCCCGUGGCAGGCCGGACGGGACUGGCAAGUGAGUAUCAUCAUCUGCGAGCGCUCGGGCGGGGAGUACACCGUCGGCGACCCAGCACCUCCAGCUCUGGUGACGAAGUGGUUCUGUUGCCUCACUCCAGACGGGGACAUCUUGCUGCACCUCCUGGCGGUCGGGGCUCUGGCUGGGGUGGUGGUGCUCGACAAGACGGGCCAGCCCACCGACUCCACCUCCGAAGGCCAGAAGUCGCGGAGGAGACACUCGGUAUGCGGCGCCGACCGGGAGGCGAUGGCGCUCGACUACGUAGCAGCCUUGCGGUUUUGCCGCCCCGAGGCUCUCUCCAGCGGUCACCCGAGCCGGCGGCUCCGUGGGAAGCAAUUGCGACCAGCAUCGGGAACGCCGUCAGGGGAUGGAGCAGCGAAGGUUCCGACUGACAUGGAGGUCUCGGAGGGAGCCCUGCCGACGCCGCCCGACGGGCAGUGUGGGGGGAUCCUCGCCACGACGGGCUCGGACACCGCGCGCACGGAGCGUUUCGGUGGCGCGACCGACGGAUAUGCUGUCGCAGGCGGGUUCGGUGUCGUACCGAUGGGCUUGGAGGCGGAUGUCGUGAGAGGGGUGAAGCGUGACGAGCUCGGAGGCGACGGGGACUCAGACGCCCGGUCGUUCAACAUCAAGGUGGUGUUUGAGGGGGAGCGGUGCCGUCUGACCAAGGAUGCCGUGAACCUCCUCAGCGAGGCGAGCUGGCCCGUCCGGCCAGUGCUUGGCCCGCACACCACUCGUCGGUGCUUGCCGUUCCUGGCGGACCAGGACCUGUGCAUGCGCGUGGUCGGCCUGGGCAUGUCCUUCGACCAGCUGAACGACGGCGAGCUGGGCUUCUUCGAGUACAUCGCAAGGCGGGCGCAGCUCAUUGAGCACUGCUACCGCGAGAGGGCCAUGGACCGGCCCGACGGCAUCGACGGAGCCGAGGACGACUACCUCAUGAUGGGGACCCUGGAGACGCGCGGCCAUUUGAAGAUCGCGCCGGAGCUCCAGGACUACAUCACGGCCGAGCUCCACCUCGAGGCGGGCCUGUUCGAGGAGCGGCGCGAGCUUCGCGAGGAGCGGGCCAUCUCGGCGUGCCCUGCCGGCUCUUCGGCCGGGAUGGUGGUCGCUCGCGAGCUGCUGCCUAUCAACCUGGCCGCCCUCUCGGCCCCGCGCGAGCCACCUGGCGUCGGCCGCUGCAGCCGCAGCGUCCGCAGCCGGGCCCUCCGCCGGACCCUCGUCGACGAGCGCGUGCGUGAGUCGGUGACCGCCCUCAACCUUCUGUACAACCACGGCGAGGCCCAGGUCUCGCACCAACUUUCUCUUGCUCAGGUCCGUGGUGUCGAGCAUCUCCGACGUGGUUGGGAGCGACUCGGUGCCCCGGAGGUGAGCCCCGCGGCAGCCUGCAGUGAGCUGUGCGGGAGCAGGCCCGGGUAUGGCGACCCGGUGAAGACGGCUCCUUACCAGCGAGACCUCGUCUCGCUGCCGACCGGCGGGGUCCUGGCCGAGGGGGACCGGUGCCUCGGCGGUGCGGCUUUAAGUUUCUGGAAGGAGUGGCGACAGCAUCUUUUGCGGCCCGGUGUCAGCCGGGAGGUAGUGCAGAAAUUCAGGCCUCACGUCGACAGUCGGCUACGUGCGAAGGGUACCUACGCCCAGUUCGUGUUAGACCUCCAGGCCGCCGGUUUGGUGAACCUGAGGGGCCGCCUCGACGCGACCUUGGGAGUGUUCUUCGCGUGGAAGAGUGACGGCGUCAGGCAGAGACUUGUCCAGGAUAGACGGGCGGCCGCCGGCCUCGAGGAAGGGCCUCUCGCUGCCGUCUAUGUCGACGGGGUCGCUUUCCUCGGGGCCAGCGAAAAAUGCUGCUCGGACGGGUGUGCGUCCGCCGUCGAGCUCCUAGGAUCUCGUGGUCUGGUUUGCAAGGGGAUGGUCGGGGCGUCUGAACAGCAGUCUUUCACAGGCCUCACGUUCGAACGCAGCUCGGGAAUCAUUUCGCUUUCGACCCGGCGCUUGUGGAAAAUCCGCCUGGGGCUCUUGGAGCUCUGCCGCCAGGGCUGGUGCACCGGGGUCCAGCUGCGCCGGGUCUUGGGCCAUUUAACUUGGGCUUUCCUGCUGAAGCGUGAGCUUUUGUCUAUCCUCAGCAGCGCUUUCCGUUUUUGUGAAAUGGCCGGGGAGCAGCGGUGGCGUCUCUGGAGUUGUGUGACUCGGGAGCUGCGGAUCGCCGCAGCACUUCUGCCGUUUGCCGCUGUCGACACCAAGAGGCCGUUCGACCCGUGCGUGAUGGCCUCCGACGCCUCCGGGGCCACCGAGUUCGACUUCGGGGGUUUCGGCGUCUGCGAGCGGCCCUGGGACUCGGAGGCAGUUCGAGCCGUGGCCAGCCGUGCGGAGAGGUGGAGAUACUGCGUCGAGGAUGCCAUUUGCGCCCGGGAGCAGAGUCUCGGGCUGGUCCCUCAGGGGCCCUCCAAGCCCCGAAGUUCCCAAGUGAGAGCCCGCCGUGGGGUUACCGACUUCUUCCACAUCGAUGGGGAGCAGAUCGGGGAUUUCGACACCUGGUCCACCGUUUUGUUCGGCCGGUUCGCCUCGUCGGAGAAUAUUAUGCGGGCGGAGGGGCGGGCCCUGGUGAUGGGGGCCCGGCACAAGCUACGAAACGUCAGCAGCUUCGGCCUGGAGGCGCGGCCGGCACGAGCCCUUCAGCCAGCACUGCCUUCGAUCGUGAGCUCGAGCGGACCAUCGUGCAGCGAGCCCGCGGACAGCUUGCAGCUCCGCUCGGGCUUUGUGGUCUCGGUGACGGUCUCGAUCCUGAGGGCCGCGGCAGAGGGCUUGACGCUCCCGCAGACCUCUCGAGCGGGGCACGGGACGCAGCUGCAGUACCAGCGGCCCCACACCGACUUCCUGGGCAGGAGCCGGGGGGAGAAGCUGAGGAUGAGCACCGUGGCCAACUUGGACCGGGGUCUCGCCAGCUAUCUGGACCACCUGAUCUUCGACGGUUGGAUUCGGGGGUUCUCUGCGAUCAUCGGGGCCGGCGUGUGUUGCGGCUUGCUCGAUUGCUGCCUCGGCCUCCUCGUCGCCUGGGACGCGCGCCUCAGGUUGGCCAGCGCUUCGAUUGGCAUGAUGGGUGGCUCCCUGGUGACGCCAGCUCGGCGGAGCCGGAUCGACCGGUGGACCAUCUUGUUGUUCCCAAAGGAGCUGCCCGAUCGGAGCAAGACGGGCCAGUUCGAGGAGGGGGUGGUGCUAGAGUCGGAUGCCGUGCAGUGCGUGAGCUCCGCCCUGAAUGCCCUGAAGUUGCGGAGCCAGGCGGACAGGCCUCUGUGGCCAUCCUCCAGUCCAAGGUUCCGCCAGGAGUUCGCCGCGUGCGCCAGCCUGGAGGGGCUCGAGGACGUGCCCCCGUACCAGGACCGCCACGGGGCCGACUCCCACGACGUGCUGUUCCAAGUGGGGGAGUUCGGAGCGGUCCAGGAGAAAUCCAGGCACUUGAACGAGUCGAGAACACGGCGGUGCCGCAAGGGGACCCGCUACCUGGCCACGGACGAGAAGUUGUCCCCCGAGAUCAAGGCGUUCGGCGAGUGGGUCGAGGCCAACCUCGCCGGCCUCUUCUCCGGGCGGCCGCGCUGCCUAGCGCCGCCAGGGCGCAGGGGCUGA